AUGACCUUGGGUAGUGUUGAAAGGAAGGUUGGGAGGCCUGGCGUGGGGCUCGGAGCCUUCGCUCCAGUGGGUGGACUUCUGUGGUAUAAGUGUUCUCCAGUUUCUCUUUGGUCAAUAGCAGCUGUGGAAAUUUACACCCCCCAUAUGCUGGAGGCUGUCAGUGGGACAGAUGUUCAGUUAAAAUGCACUUUCUCCAGCUUUGCCCCUGUGGGUGAUGCUCUAACAGUGACCUGGAAUUUCCCUCAAGAUGGGGGGUCUAAGCAGUUUGUUUUCUACUACCAUGUGGAUCCCUUCAGACCCAUGAGUGGGCGUUUCAAGGACUGGGUGGUCUGGGAUGGGAACCCUGAGCGGUAUGAUGUCUCCAUCCUCCUCUGGAAGCUACAGUUUGAUGACAAUGGGACAUACACCUGCCAGGUGAAGAACCCACCUGAUGUUGAUGGGCUGAUAGGGGAGAUCCAGCUCAGCGUCGUGCACACUGAAAAGAAGAAGAAAAGCUCAACCAAGAAAAAAAAGGUAUCUGCUUAUUUAGAAGACACAGACUAA